ACUGUUACCAAAGAAACAGUAGAAUCGGUUAUCCAGUUGUUAGUUGACAGUUUCAACUCUUUCAUAUUAGUAAUUGGAAUAUUCGGCCAAAUUUCAGUUUAAUCAAUCAUAAAAUAACAUUUUCAUUUGUUAUCAAAUUCAACAGGUUAUUAAUUGGAGAAAUUAAGUGGAUAAUACGUCGCCCAAGUGAUGGUCUGAUGUAGCGAGUCAUGAGUCAGUGGUGUGUGACGGCAGCCAUCUUGGUGGCGGCCGUGGUGAUGGUCGUGGUCGGCAUCGUGUUGCCUCUGGUCUUCCCCUUCGUCUUGAAUACGAAGCUGGACGCCAUCUUAGUUCUCAGACAAGACAGUCCAAACAUUGACAACUUCAUCAAGCCGCCCAUCGCAUUUCAACACGGCUUUUACUUCUUCAACGUCACCAACAAGGAUGAAAUACUACGUGGCUUCAAGCCCAUGGUAGUGGAAGUUGGUCCAUUUUUCUACUACGAGUUUUCGGAAAAGACUGACAUCUUCUGGGAUGAUCCGAAGAGCACAGUGUCUUACCGAAAAAAUUCCACUUUUUAUUUCGUGCCCCAUAAAUCAGCUGGUCUUUCAGAAGACACUUUGAUCACUACAGUAAAUCCUAUCAUGUUGACCCUGGCGUCUUUGGUUGAAGACAUGGAGUUGACAGAAGCGGCUCGAGCCAUUUUAGAAAUCUAUCUGUGGCGGUUCGAAAUGGAACCUUUCAUAACGAAACCAGCCAGGGAACUUCUCUUUGAUGGCUACGAGGAACCAAUACUAAGAGCUUUGUCAACCUAUACCAAGAACCCGGUGCACGAAACGGGAAGGUUCGGCUACUACUAUCCGAAGAAUCAAACGAAAGAUGUUGAAAUCGUCGUUAACACUGGGGCCUUUAAUAUCAGCGACAUCAUGAAACUUGUGGCGUUUGAUGGGCAUUCCUCGAUCGAGGUGUGGAGUGAAGAUAGAUGUAACAGCAUGGAAGGUAAUCUUGCAGCCCCCUUCCCGCGUCCCAUAACCCCCGAAAGGCCAAUAGUAAUGUUUUCUCCAGCUUUAUGUCGUUCUAUUCGUUUCGAAUUCAACGGGAGUGUGAGCAUGGACAAGCUACAGCUAUACAGGUACAGGGUGCCUUACUCAUUACUUGCCAAAACAAAAGAAAACGCGUGCUAUUGCACGGACGAGUUCACGUGUCGUGAUUCUAUGGCAUAUCUCGCGCCAUGCAGGAAGGGGGUGCCCAUCAUGGCGUCCUACCCUCAUUUCUACAUGGGUUCCGAAAAAGAUAUAAAUUCCAUUAAAGGUUUGAGCCCAGACGAGAAGAAGCAUGAAACAUACCUGGAUGUUGACCCCGUCACAGGAAUGUCGUUGCGGGCCAAGAAACGGGUUCAGAUCAACAUGCCAUUCAGAAGAUUCGCCGAGCUACCAGCUUUGUCCAAAAUCCAAGAGGUGAUUUUCCCUAUCCUGUGGAUGGAUCAGGGAAUCGAGGCUCCUAAAGAGUCCACGGAACUUCUUUACGCAAGAGCAGUGUACCCGCAAGUGGUACUGAAUGCUGUGUGCUACACCCUCAUAGCUUUAGGUAUAGUACUUUGUAUUCUUACUUUUAUUUGGAUAUUAUUCAGAUAUCGGAGGAGGAAACCCCCGGGCCCUGCAGUCGCUCCGCCGACGCACGAGACGAGCAAAAACAUUGAGCAGCAGAAACCUUUCCUGGAGACAUAAACUUCUGACUUAUGAAGUAUAUUAAUACAAGAUAUAGAACGCUGUUCUUCCAGCACAUCCAUCACUGCUGUAAUGGGCUCGCAAA